GAUAAUAAUAAUAAUCGUAAAGUGCUUAGCACAGUGCUGGGCACGCACAUUAAGAAAUGCGUGUUCUCCUCUCCUCUAGCCAUCUGCAACCCGCCCACCCUUCUUUGAGUUUGCCUCCAGAAGAGAGAGAGCUCUUGGCCCACGCACCCCACUCUCCCAACAGGAAAAAGAAAGCAAUUUUUAUGGUGGAAGAAGGAGGAGGAAACUGCAGGAAGCUGAGGCCCUACUUCGCUCCAGGCUUCGGAAGAGGUUCGAGCCUUGGUUCCCGGAGCUGACUCUUGGUAGGCCGGGGAAGGUGUUUGUUGUGAAUAUUUAGGGGUCGGGUUAAAGUUCCAGCUGGGAGCCCGGCGCUAUGGGAGGACCAGGAAACAGAAGGCGGCCACCCCCUCCAGUGAAGCCACCACGCAGAGAGGUAGUCCUCUGUGCCCCGUGCUGGGAACAUCGGCUCCAGAUUCUCAUGGACCUUGUCAGAAGUGCCAGAAAGCGCAAUAUUGGUGUGUUUCAUCCUUCCUUUAAUAUGUCCACAUGUAUCCGUGAUGGUCUAAACAAAGUCCUCCCCUCUAAUGUUCACAAGCUGGUCUCUGGCAAACUGGUCAUCUCACUCACCAGAGUGUCUGAUGGGAAAAACGUACUGGUAUCAGAUUUUGAUUCCAAGGAAGAGAUCGUUGAUGCUUUGGUUUGUUCCUGCUUCAUUCCUUUCUACUGCGGCUUAAUUCCCCCAACUUUCAGAGGUGUGUGGAGCCUGUCAGCACAACGAAAGCACGGAGCCAGGGGUUUGUCCCAGUGUGUGACAGUGUGUUUGAUGAGGAGGUCACUCCACAGAAGCACCACCAUCACCGUUUCUCCUUUCUACGGGGAGCACGACAUCUGCCCCAGAGUCAAGUCGACCAACUUCUUCCACGUGAACAUCACCAACCUCAGCUUCCGACUCUGCUCGGGCAACAUUUACCUCGUAGCCAGAGCCCUUUUCCCACCAGAGCCGAAGGUACUUGGAGAGAUCUGUCUUCGGGGAUAUUUGGACGCACUUAGAUUCUUGGAAGAAAAGGGCAUCUGUGACCCAUCGCCUCCUUUUCUGAAUGUGCCUGUGGAAGAGAAAGAACCGGAGAUCCCUUUAUCCUGCUGUGAAAAUCAGAGUCCCCCAACUAAGACGGAGGGUAACAAUGAGAUCACACCAGAGGGCGUUGAGUUUAUCGACCAUCUACGACUCAGCAUAAUUCCAUGGGAUGAGGAAAUCUUGAAAACUGUCUCACCUGAACUUUAUUUAGCUCUGCAAAAAGCAAUGAAAGAAAAGGGUGGAUACUUGGCCAAGAUCCUCAACUGCUUACCUGUUCGGAUAAUGUCCUACGUGAUGCUCCCAUGUACGCUGCCUGUGGAAUCUGUGGUUUUUGUCGUGCAAAGGCUAGUGAGAUGGUUUCCAGAUAUGCCCGAUGACCUCGAAUGGUUGCAGUGGGCUGCUUAUAAAAUCUUCCGUCUAGCAUGAGAGUAUCUCCUUCUAGUAUCCAAGUGAGGAAAUGAAGGCCUUUUCCAAGGCUGCUCAAGUAGCUGUGGAGACUGGAGAUGAACCUCUGCUUCCAGAAUCCAAAUCCAAGUGAUUUUACCCCAGAUAUUCCUUCCUGUUACAAUCUAAGAAGACAAGGAGUUCUUUUUACUUUUCAGGAACCAAAGCCCGUCUUUAGGAAGAAGCCGCCAGUUCGCCUGUCUCGAGCAACCUGGCCUUGCUUAGAAGCUCUCAGCUUUUCUACACAUCUGGAAGACAGGCUCAGUGAGGGCCCUUCAGUUUCAUGUGCCAUGGAGGCCGAAGCUAGCAAUGAAAGAUACUCCAUCUUAAAAUCCAACCUCGUGUUUUCUCAAAUGAUAAAAUGCCUGGGUAGAAGAAAAUUCUAACAUCUCUUCUCCAAUAAGAAAGCAAUUUAAAAGUCACUUUAGAAGAGAAAUUUAGAACACUAUUUCUAAGAAUAUAAAAUCCUUUAUAUAAUUUGAGAGUUACUUUUCAAACUUGGGUUUAUAAUGACCCACUAGACACUAUAACUGUACAGAAUUGUGGCUUCUGUACUGAAUCUUCCAAUUUAUCUUUUUUUU